AUGAUCAUUGCUUUGGGCAGCAUCAUUGUACCUGGCUGUUUUUACGGACUUGGAUAUGGUAUAUACGAGGCCGGCCCUCUAGGCCUAUUGAUUGGCUUCUCCGUAGUUGGUGCUAUUGUGUGGAUUCUCAUGCAAAGUGUGGGCGAGGUAGCUACCUUAUUUCCAGUUCAUGGGGAGUUUGUCGAGCAUUGUGAUCGAUUUGUGGAUCCAACACUCAGUUUUUCUAUGUCAUGGCUUUACUACCUUAUGUGGAGCGUUUUCUUAGCUUCUGCUUGGCUGUUGGCUGACAUGGUACUAGACUGGAAUAAUGCGACGGUAUUCCUGCAGUUUUGGAUCCCUGACACUAAAUUUCCUGUUUGGGCAUGGUAUACCCUGUUCUUCGUCUUUUUCAUUAUCUUCACCACCCUCGGUGUCAACUUCUACGGAGAGACGGAGUACUAUUUUGGCAUGUUCAAAUUCAUAUCCCUUAUUGUACUAUUUUUCAUCUGCAUCCUUGCCGAUGUCGGUGCAUUUGGCAAUGGCUAUAUCGGAUUCAGGUACUGGACACCACCUUAUGGUCCAAUCCAAAAUGGGAUCAAUGGGUUUGGUCAAGUGCUUGUUCUUGCUGCGGCGUACUAUGUCGGUACAGAAAUCGUCUCAGUUGCAGCUGGCGAGUCGAAAAAUCCCCAGCGCGACGUCCCUCGCGCUACCAAGUCCAUUCUGUAUCGAAUCUUAAUUGUCUUCAUUGGCAUGUCCUUCCUCCAAGGCUUGAUUUGCCCCUCGGCUUCAGAUGACCUAGUACGCCCAGACUCCAAAACAGCAUCUUCUCCAUUCACGAUCGGCUUCACGCUCGCAGGAUGGAAAUCAUCUGGUCAUUUUGUCAACGCCAUUAUAUUGAUUGCCUUUGUUUCAGCCGCCAAUGGAGUCGUCUACAUUCAAUCUCACACUCUUUACUCUCUAGCUCUGAAACUCAAAGCGCCCUCGCUUUUUGCGAUCACGAGCUCCAGGGGAGUCCCAUAUCCUGCGAUCAUAUUCUCCAACAUGUGGGGUUUCCUGGGCUUGAUGUCCCUAACAACGACCGCCGGGAGCCUCUUCUCGUAUUUCACCUCCUUCGGUGGUACAGCAGCCUACAUUGCGUGGGCGACAAUCACCUUUGUCCAAUUAAGAGUUCGCGCCGCCGCCAAGAAGCAGAAUAUUGAUAUCCAAGCAUUCCCGUUUACUGCCCCUGGACAUACUCUAAUUUAUUGGGGGGACUUCUUUAAUUAUUUUCUGUUCUUGAUCCAAGGAUUCACUGUCUUUGAAACCCCGUUCAACUACCAGUCAUUCAUUGCUUCAUACAUCAGUAAUCCGGUUUUCUUCGCCCUCUUCUUUGGCUAUAAAUGGUGGUUUGAAACAAAGUGGUGA